CACCCAGCUGCAAUAUGGAUCACCAAACACCUCGAUCCAUCCCUCUACCCUUCAAGAAACAAGAAAGACAACACCAACAAACUAGCUAGCUCACCAAUGGCCUCGUUGUCCUCCUUCCGGCUCGCCGUGGCAGUGGCGGCAUUGUUGGUCGUCGGCUCAUGCGCCACUGAGGUCACCUUCAAGGUCGGUGAGGGCUCUAGCGGAAAAAGUCUAGAGCUCGUCACCAACGUCGCCAUCUCUGAGGUGGAGAUCAAGGAGAAGGGCGGCAAGGACUGGGUGGCGCUCAAGGAGUCGUCGACUAACACCUGGUCGCUCAAGAGUGAGGCGGCGCUCAAGGGCCCCUUCUCCGUCCGCUUCCUUGUCAAGAACGGUGGCUACCGUGUCGUCGACGACGUCAUCCCCGAAAGCUUUACGGCCGGCUCUGAAUACAAGAGUGGUAUCAACGUCUAAUUAAUAGACAUGCGUACUCUUGCAUUGGGUUGCAUGAUAAUUAUUAACCUCUAAAUAAUUUUGUCUUGAAAAAGAUCACGCUACGCGUGAGCAAGCAAACAAUUAAUUUCUUGUGGUUAUUUUGUGGUAAUAAGCCAGUGGUAAAAUAAGGCAUACAUGUGUCCUUCCAAAACAUUGUUGUGGAGCUAUAUGUGAACACGAUUUCGAAUAUAUGGUUGUGUGUGUGUUUUUUUGAAAUAAUUCUUAACCUCUCUAUGAUUCCUUUUUUUUCAAAAGAGAGAUCAAGUCUGCAUUUGGGGAAGCCAAUAAUUAAUUUUCUAUGGUUAUUUUGUGAAAUAUGUCAUCAACAAAAUAAAGCAUUCCGUAUGCCAUGUCUGCAUGUUGCUGCAGAGGUAUAUAUCCAGACGAUUUUGAGUAUAUUACGUAUAUAAUAUUUGUGGGAAAAAGUAUAGUUGGUGAACCUUCAUCUAGAUAGUUUCUUACAUUUUAUUUUUCUAAAGUUUGAGUACAUAUGUAUAUGUAUUUCCAUAUCAAUGAAGCUCGUUUAUCUUCUUUCGUAU